AUGUCAUCCCAGGAGGUCUCCGCUAUCGAGAGCACGUCGGAGCUCUCGCUCCUUGGUGUCAUUCGCUAUGGCUUAGCCAAAGCAUUUGAAGAGGCAGGCGAAAUCGAUGAUGCCGGGAUGAGGCAUCUGCUCGAGACUAUCGCUGUUGGAGCGAUCGAGCGAGGUCUCGACCUCGCCGCGACUCCCGCGGUAGCCGGAUCUCGCCUGCUCCCGGCAGACGAGACUUGCAAGGAGCUGCUGGAUGAGCAGCUCGCCGCGAUUAAGAACCAAGCGCCACCCCAAUCACAGCCCCAUACCGGCAAUGACGACGUGCAGGAGGCGAAGAGGACCAGCUGGGCCGCUGCCCGGUGGACACCGGAGCAGGAUGCCGCAUUAAAGGAAUACUAUGGCAAACCCGGGUGGACGUACCGCCGGAUCACGCGAGAAGUGCCCGACCUAAGCCAUAGAACUCCGCAUGCCUUGGAGCACAGAAUGAGUAUACUCCAAAAGCAGCAACGUGAAGCUGCGGCGAGGCAAACCGUCGAAGCCGAGGCUCAGGAGGACAGAGACGCCGACGGAGAGGCGUCGGAGUAA